CUGUUGUACACACGAGAGCUUCGAAUUGAAUUGGAAUGGGAAAUUAAAAAAGAGCCAAGGAAGGAAUCUCCUAAUGAAAACGCACAAUUCUUUCAACGGUUGCCCGAUCUCCCCCCGCCAACCUUCUCCGGCAGUUCCUUAGGAAAUGGGUAUUUGAUGUUGGAUGCGUUGGACUCAGGUUGUGAGAAUGUGGAGCGUGGGGAAACAUAUGUUGAGGUAGGUUUGGGUACAUGUUGGCAGGUAAGCCAGGGAAAGAUCAUGUAUAAACGUGCAGGCUUCGAGGCAUUUUGGAGGGCGAUAUUUGAAAAGAAGACGUGGCUUAGAUCGACUCCCGCAGCGGAAGAGUCGGUGAUUCAAGCACUAAUUCGACUGUUGUCGAGUGGAGGGAGGGUUAGCAGCCGAAUGGUCACUUGUUUAUUGUUAUUGCGCCAUGAUGUUGGAUUAGAAAAUUGGGGCAAGCUGUCUAUAGGUUGGUAUGCGUGUUUGGGGGCAACGGUUCUGGACUUUGACUUCGAGUUUGAUGGCUGGGUACCAGACCUGACCAUCUGUGGAGAUGUGAAUUCAAAUCCAGAUACGGUGAUGUUGAGAUCAAUUGAAGAUGCUCAGGCACACAAGAUAAUGUCAUGUUUUUUACGCCAUAAAGGCAAAAAGAGAGUGUUUGCCAAUUGGGCGUACAAUUUUCUGAUUCGUGGUACGCCGAUAGCGCGGCCUUCGUCUGGCUACAGCGACAGCAAAUCUAAAACAGCCAGAAUAGUUUCUGACCUAUCCUGCCUUUGCUGGAGAAACCAGGAUAGUGAUAAAAUUGCCUGCCCACACCAAACAGCUUCCAUCCCCUCGCUCUUAAGGCUAAAAAUAGAGCGAAAUUACGCCCUCGUCAACUUUGCUCAAAAUCUUCCCAUCCAUCGUAGGUGCAGGGAAGCAAUAUUACGACACCCGGUCAACAGAAAUAAUACCCGUUAA